GCAUCCGAUACCCAGCCUCUGUAUAUCAUAUCCUGAAGUCCUCUGAAUGACAGGUCGGGUUUCCUUCGAACUUGAGAUGUUAACUUCAAUCGCACACGUACGGUAUCAUGCAGAUACCGCCAGUAUCGGUUCUGUCCACAUGGCCAAUGCCGAAUUACAAGAAUCCGGUGACACGAGGCGCCGGUGGGAAGAUCAUUGGGGUCUCACUCACGAUGUUGGUGACGCUAAUCUUGGCGAUUCGCGUGUACACGAGGCUACGGAUUGUGAGGAAUUUCGGGCUCGAUGAUAUACUGAUAAUUGUUGCAUUUGCGCCCUCUUUUGGCUUCACAGUCUGCGGCAUCUACGCCGAGUUCAACCUUGGAUGGGAAAGGCAUUUGUGGGAUGUUCCGUAUGGAGUGCUCGAAUCAAGCUCUCGGCUGAGCUUGGUGACAUUAUGUUUAUUCGACUUGUCAUCGAACCUCGUCAAGCUAUCCACCCUCGCAAUGCUUUAUCGACUCGUUCGGGUCACCAAAUCACGAAUGAAGACCAUCACGCUCCUCAUAAUGGCCUUUGUGGUUGUUAGCGGUCUCCUUUUCAUCUUUAUUACAAUCUUCCAGUGCAACCCCAUCUGGGAAUACUGGACACUUUCAGCCAAGCCGCAGAAUUGCAUCAAUGAAGCGAAUCACCUGCUUGCUGCUGGUACCAUCAACACCGUCACCGACUUCGCCGUCGUUCUCCUGCCGAUCAAAACAGUGGCUGUGCUUCACCUGCCUAGGAAGCAGUACAUCAUUCUGAUCGGCCUUUUCUGUGCUGGGUUCUGUGCAUGCAUUGCUGGGUGCGUGAGAACGUACUACACCUGGAUCUUCACUGUCGACUACGACAAAAGCUGGCAUGGAUGGACGGUAUGGGUCAGCAGCGCCAUCGAGCUAUACCUGGGCAUUGUAUGUGCCUCCGUCCCUUCCUGCAAGCAGUUCUUCACGACCUACCUCCCGGGUGUGAUCGACUCAACGCGGCGCUCCGGUGGCAAUUCCGGCGGUGGCAGCAGCAGCAGCAGCAAUCCAAACCGAAAGUCGUCGCGAAUAUCCAGCACCGUCAACACGCUCGUCGAGGCGAGCCGCUACUACUGUCUGCAGAACCGGUCCAACACCCACACCAACCUACUCAUGGACCAGCAAGGGCCGACGAGCCCCGGGGGAUACGAGCUAUCUGACUUUGGGGCUAGAGCAAAGGAUAUCGCGGAGCCGCAGCGGGCCAAGGUGCGCCCGCUGACUUGGCCGAGCGUGAGGCCAGCAUCAUCUAUUAUUGAAGAAGAGCUCGGUUUGGAGAGGGUGUCGACGAAGCGGAGCUCAGAGCACGGCGGAUCGAGCCCAAGGCUCAAGGGUACAUAUUAAGACGGUGCUGGACGGGGAUCUAGUCUGACCGCGACGAAUACUGACGGCCACCGUGGUCGAUGUUAUGAUUCAUUCAUUUCGACAACAAUGGCGGCGAUACCAAACUUGAAUAAUUUCUUUUCCUUUUCGC